AUGAACUCGACAACAGGGAAUGGAUCGAUCGAGUCUUCGAGCUGCUUCAGUUUAACAGCGUCAAAGAUCGGACAGAUCAUUUCUUUGAGUCUGACCCUUGCUGUUUCGUUGGUCGGAAACUCUCUCAUUGUAAUAAUCGUAUGCAAAACGCCAACCUUAAGAAAGUCAAUAAAUUAUUUCAUCGCAAACAUGGCCAUGUCUGAUCUUCUGCUUCCAAUAUUCUGGCUACCUUGGCGCCUGUCAGAGCUGCACUAUGACAACUCGUGGUCGAUCGGUGGUCACUUUCGCCAGGCCUUGUGCAAGAUUGUCCCUUUCUUUAGUUAUGUUUCCAUUGCCGUUUCGGUUCAGAAUCUGAUUCUGAUAGCAGUGGAUCGGUUUGGAGCCGUGGUGUUUCCACUCCGUUCCCCACUCAUCAGAUCCAAGUUACGUUCUUUUUUCAUUCUUGCCACGUGGAUAGUUGCAGUGGCUUUCAGUUCAUCGUACUUGUUCGUCUUCGACCUCUUUAAAUACCAAGGGGAAAUCGGAUGUGUUGAGAGAUGGAAAAAAGCAUUUGGAGAGUCGUCGUCCUUUACUGACUUUGUAGUAGCUUCUUUUAUAGUGUUUAUAUACCUCCCUGUGCUGCUGUUAGCCAUUCUUUACUCCAUCAUUCUUAUCAAGCUCAAGACACAAGUACACCCCGGUGAACAGUUCGCGAACACUCAGCAACAGCAGAACAAAAGAAACAGAAACGUGGUUCAACUGUCCAUUUCUAUCGUAACAGUGUUUGUGCUUUGCUGGUUACCUUAUACUACUAACUUUUUUAUCAUUCAAGCCGGUUCCAUACAUUUGUCCUGUGGUUUUCGGCUAUACUUUGAUGUCACCUUAUGUAUGACUUCCUCGUACUGUGCUAUCAACCCGCUUAUCUGCUUUAUUUUUAGUAGUAAUUACCGACAAGGUCUUAAAUGACUCAUAAAUAGUUCUACUGUCGUACAGACCUAAAUUGUAAAAAUUUGCUUGUGACUGAAUAUGUUAAGAGUUCGAGGUUCGUGGAACACUCCCAAUAAAUACACUGUAAGGAGGUUAGUAAAUUGUGUUCAUUCUACGUGUGUCCUCGGACUUUCGAAAUUGACGAUAUGUGUAACCCAAGCGUAAUUUAAGCGUUUGUAUGGCAAAUAUAGAACCAAUAAUAAGCAGAUAUACUGUACUUAUCUGGUGUUGAUUUUAGUCAGUGGCUCUAGUAAGUUUCGGAGCAAUAUGAGCGGUGGUGCCGGCAUCAUCUGCGAACCUCACAUGUAGUGUCGCAAAACCGGGAAGGAGAGCAGAAAAUCCGCGCCAUCUAGUAGUUGACAAACCUCCUUCGAAAGCAGCUCCAAAUUUCAAGCGAAAAACCUAGUGCAUACAACUUCCUAGCUUGAAUUUCAGACAUUACUUCGAGGUCGGUUACUCUCUCAGUAACUGAGGGAGUAAGCGAUCCACUCGAAGUAAUGUCCGAAAUUCAGGCUAACAAACACAUUCCUCGCAAAAAUCACAAAGCAAAUAGCCUUGAGAUCAGAAAUUAUGUUUUGAAUGCAUUCGCAAAAAAAACAUUCUUCUAUUCUCAAAAAACUUUUUUUUAUUGUUUUUGUUUUGUUUUGUUUUUUUUCUUUUUUUGCCCUAAUUUCUUGAAAAUGUCAUUCGUUUUGUCAAUUCACUACGCUGCCAAAGGCGAGUUUCUUUAUAGUAGGAAAAGGAGCUGGUGAAAGAUCGCUGAGCAGUAGUCGUGAGAAUGUACUAUUUCAAACAUACGUAUGUUAAGCUUGCGAAGAACUAAAGAAAAAGAAAAGCUUAUUAGUGUUCAAACGAUAGCUCGUCCACAAAAUGAGAAAAUGAUAUACUGUUUACACACACGCGAAUCUGGUUUCUUUCUGCAGCUUCUCAGAUUGUCGAAAAGAUUGCAAGGCAAGGGAAAAAGAAACACAAAGAAAUCAAAGUCUCUGCUCAAGGAAAUUAAGGCAUGGGUGUUUUUCAAUUUCCCUCAAAAAAAGUCGAGGGGUUGUCUAUAUUUUAAGGAUUAAGGCCUAGAGCAACAAAACUUGAGUAAAAUAAUGACUCUCAAAAUUUAAUACCAUUCUGAGUAAAAGAAUAUUUAAAUUAGGUCGCGUGACCUUUAACGGCCAUUUUUCGCGAAAAAAAUUAAAUUAGAAGUGGCACCAUUUUAUAAUAGCUGGCAAUCAGAGAAAUUGCAAAAAAAUGUGUCCCCAGAUGAACGACUAAACAUCUGUGCCCGGGCUUUGUUGAAUAAUUUAUUAAUCAGAGUGUAAAUAAACGGAAUUUUGUACUAGUACCCAGUCCCCUUAUCGAACGAUUUUCUCAUUUCCUUCCUUUCUAAAAGAUUAACUGAGAAGGCCCGGACACAGAAAUGAUCUGCCCACUGGCCUUAUAACUAUGACGAUAAUUGAAACUUCCAGAAAGUAAUUAAAAAUGGUGCCAUAUUACCAAGUAGAUUUUUAUGCUAAAAAUAGCCUUAAUAGGUUACGUGACAACUAGUGACUCCAAUCAUCAUUUAAAUUUAUUAAACUUAUACCCAGGAAAUCUGUCCUUAAGUUAUUUUGUGCUAUAUUAAAAGCUUAAGAAGUUAGACCACCCUCCGCCCCCCCCCAGCCUCUUCCUGUUUUUGAGGAAUUAGAUAAAAGACCCAUGCCUUAAUUUUCUUGAGUGUGAGACACCUCAAUGAUGCAAUGAAGAACACUGGGAUAUAUAUGAGUUGUUCGAUCUGUGAAGAUUGUAGCAGUGCAGUGAGACGAAUAAAAUAAAAAGAAUAUGGAAAACAAGCGAUGGAAAGCAAACAAUGAGAAGAGUUUGAUUCGGACAUCGUCAGUGAUGGACAAUAAUAAUAACAAUAACGAAUAUUUAUACAGGAUAAGCUAUCAGUUCUAUUAAAAAGAAGUGUUAUCAAAAGGGCCCUGUAACUAAAUAAUAGAUAACUAAAAAUAAAAAAUAAAAUCGAAAGUGGAAAAUAAAAUAAAAUACACUAAGAAAUCUAAGAUUCAGUAAUCAAAAUCUGUAAACAUUAUUGUCUUAUAAGAUUGGAAAGACUUGUGAAUUCUGGAAUACUACUAAAUCUAGUCUUACCCUCAACAGAGAGCACACUAAAACAUGAGACUAACUUUCGACCAGUUAAAUAAAAACUUCUUUCGUACAAAUAAGCAGGGUUUGAUAUUGAGCUGUACAAAAGUAAGCAAACAUGAACUCCGCAGCAGUGAAUUGAUCGAUCAAGUCUUCGAGCCUGAUUCUUGCGACAUCGAAUCUAAAAUAAUAAUAAUAAUAAUAAUAAUAAUAAUAAUACUUAUAUAGCGCCGAUAUCAAUAUUGCUAUUUUCAUCAGCGCUUAAAAAUAAAAAUAUUUUAAAAAAAUACUAAGACUGCAUAAAGUAUACAUGCAAAAAGUGCAUGAAUCUACUAAAAAGAGUAAAACAAUUAUGUCAACACUAAAACUAUAACUAAGGUAUCUAAAAGAUAGUAAUGCUGCGGCACAUUCUGUUGAUACUGGCAUUAGUUAGGCAGUGGGACUUAAAAGAAUCGAAAAUGACAUUGAAUGUUGGAAAGUACUAGAAUAAUUACUAUCAGUCUAUAGAAAGAACUCGUGGGAACGUUAUUUAGAAAAUGAUCAAGUGGUUAUCAACUCUGGUUUUCCCACAGUAAAUGGUAGGAAAUGAUAGGAAUUCAGAUUGUUUAUCCAUAUAUUUAAUAUACGGUGCACUAUCUUUUCUCUGGAAACACGAUACUUUUCUUACUGUUUAUUGCACUUUAUUAAGUAACAGUUAUUUAGCUAUAUAUUUAUAGAAAACAACAACUCAAAAAACGGGAAAAAAAAGAAAGAAGGAAAAAAAGAGUUCAGUAGGACUCGAACGCGGCACCAUCGCCUCGACGCGACUACACCUAACCACUACACCACAGACACUGUUUACGUAAUCUUCCGCCGGCAAGAUGAUCGCCAGCCGCAUUAAUCGAGCUAUUAACAGUAAAAAAUCAAUGUAAACGCAUAUUCCAUGGCAAUGAAUGAAUGAAGAACAUAAUUAUGCUUUUCAAAACGCCGAUACACGUCCUCGUCUGCAGCGUAGGACACAAAACAUAUGUUUUGUUAUCUCGAUUUCCGCCGUUAUUUUGAAGCAAAUGGUCAAAAUCACAUCCAUCUUCGGCUCAUACAGGUUCUUAAGAGUAGCAUGGCAUGACAUUCUCUCACUUUCACAUCACCUUCUAGCAAGCUGGAAUUUGUAUAUCCCCCGUGUUGCGGAGUCGAAGAGCAAAUGCUCAUCUAAUCAAAUCAAAUUUGCUACAAAGAAAACUCUGAGUCUGGGCAGCGAACGAUGUGAACUUUCCCGUGUUUUUAUUUGAGUUGUUUGUGGCGCCAUGCACUCAAGUUGAAUGCAAUGCACUCUGGUUGAAUGCAAUGCAUUGUGGUAAAAAGUGUGGUUAAAUGCAAUGCAUUGUGGUAAAAAGUGAUGAAUUCGAGAAUUCGUCGCCCCUUAUAUAUUUCCCUUAAAUCCUGAUUAUGUUGCUGCUCGCUCCCUACGGUCGCUCCGCAGCAAAAAUCACCUAGACUACUUAAAUUGUAAAAAACUUCAUAAAACCUACUAAAAUCGAGAUUAAAAAGCACUUAAAAUCACAAAAAAGCUUUCUGAAAUAAAAAUGUCUUGAGUGUCUUUCUAAAAGAUGCUACUGAGGGGCUACUCCUAAUUGAAUAGGGCAAUGAAUUCCAUAGUUGAGGAGCAGCAGCAGCGAAAGAUCGAUCUCCUAACGUUGUUAAAGUCUUGAAUUUCACAUUGUUUAGUAGCAGUCCAUCACAAUCGGAGCGUACCUUGUAUUUACAUGCUUCUUUAAGAAUAAUAAGUUCCUGGAGAUAAAAAGGCGCUAAGCCAUUGAUAGCCUUAUACGUUAACACUAAUAUCUUAAAGUCAAUUCGGAAUUUAACCGGCAGCCAGUGCAGAUUAUACAGCAAAGGUCUUACAUGGCAAUAUUUAGAUUCCAGGAAAAUUAACCUAGCGGCAGCAUUUUGGACCCUCUGUAGCUUAUUAAGCUGGUAAGCUGGCAGGCCAUAGAGCAAGUUGUUACAGUAGUCUACCCGACUUGAGACAAAUGCUUGAAUGAGCGUCUCAGUGGACCGCCUAGAAAGAUAUUUCCUAAUUCUUCUUAUAUUAUACAAGUAAUAAAAAGCAUUGGAACAAGUGUUAUUUACAUGAGAAUUCAUUGAAAGAGUCGGGUCUAACCAUGUCCCUAAGUUCUUAACUACCCCUUUUGGUCUAAUUACACAGUCUGCAAUUAAAAUAUGAUCAAUAUUAACCUUGGCUAGUUGUUGCUUGCUACCAAUCAUUAGGAAUUCUGUUUUAACGUCAUUGAGAAGUAGUUUAUCAUUGCUGUAUAGCAGUGACAGCCUCAAAUUGCCCGGUGCUUAUGUUUGGACUGAAAGAUACAUACAACUGCGUUUCGUCAGCGUAGCAGUGAACCGUGGGAAGGUGCACCUUGAUAACAUCAAACAAUUUGCUUGGAUAAAUCGUGAAAAGCAAUGGCCCGAGGCAAGAGCCCUGCGGUACUCCGAAGUCCUAAUUCAAACUCUGAGAUAAAUUUCCUUGAACCAUAACACGCUGAGAUCUUCCAUUAAGAUAGGAACGGAACCAUUCAAGUGCCGUUCCAGAUAUACCAACUUUUGAGUGAAGCCGACUGAGUAAAACAUUGUGAUCCACAAUAUCAAAUGCCGCACUAAGAUCUAACAAAACCAUGCUGUUUGCUCAUGCACAACAAGAUGUCAUUUUUCACUCUCAGCAACGCUGUUUCUGUGCUAUAAUUCUUCCUAUAAGAUGACUGAUUGGUAAGGUAAAGAUUGUUCAUGCAAAUGUGACUAUGAGUUUGGUUAUAGACGGCUGACCCUGUCAGCUUCGAAACAAAUGGUAAGUUACUAACGGGACGAAAAUUCUUGAAGAGAAUGUCGAGGCCAGGUUUUUUAAGUAACAGUAAGACUAAAGCGUCCUUCCUGGCGACAGGAAAUUGACCAGACGUUAUAAUAAUAAAAUCGAAAGUGGAAAAUAAAAUAAAAUACGCUAACAAAUCUAAGAUUCAAAAAUCAAAAUCUGUAAAAAUUAUUGACUUAUAAGAUUGAAAAGACUUGUGAAUUCUGGAAUACUACUAAAUCUAGUCUUACCCUCAACAGAGAGCACAGAGGUCUAAAUUAAGCAGCCUGAGUUUAACUGAUGUACUUUUAAGGAAAACGUAAAUUUAAAAUGUGCCUUAUAAUUAACGAGGGGCUGCUAAUCUCAUAAUUACACAAGGAACAACUGAAAGCGAAACAAGUCUUCAAAUUGUUUCCAAAAUCAUUUCUUGAAAAUGGAUAAAGUUAAAAUAAUAAAAAAACGUUUUUCUUUUAAUUAUACUUCUCAGCGUCGACUACCUUUAAAUUCAGAAAGAUCAAAAUCGCAAGGACGGGAAAAACAGGCGCUUAUGUUACUUAUGUUCAGACUAUACCGCCAUAACUUUUACGCCACCUUGAAAAUCACACCGGAUAGGGGUCCUCUUCACACCGACAAAAACGGUUAUGGGUGCGCGAUUUCCGUGUAGCAAAGCGAAGCUGCGCUGCUCCAAUCUCUAAGGCGGAGACACAAGUAUCGAAUUUGUGCCGGUUUACACAAUCCUUGCUAGCUUUUCGUGGCGCCACGAAAAGCUAUCGGAAUCUUGGAACAUUACCUUAACAUUUAUUGAAAAAACUCGCUAGUCACUUGUGCCAUUAUAAAAGACUGUUGAACAGGCCGAACCUAGAAAUUUUUUCUACGUAAUUAAAUGCAAACGGCUCUCAAAAUGGAUAAAAAAUGUAUGCAUAUAACACAGUCUAAAUCAACCAGCUUUAAUUGGAUUCAUUUUUAUGGAAAACGCCUUAUAAUAUAAUUGACGCUGCAACUGCUAAUUUCAUAAGUACUCAAGGAACAACUAGAGAACGAGAGUAAGUCUUCAAUAGACGUCUCUGCUACACUUUUUAACGUUAGUUUAUAUUAAUCUCUAAUAAAUUCCCCCUCUCUUGUAGACGUCUCCCAUGACAAUUGCUUCAACAUACCAGAAAAAGUGAAAUAGUGAAAAAUCAAUAAAUUUAUUCUGUUUCUUGCUUUAUUGAUAAGAGUUUGAGUAUUCCAUCAUUUCUAAUGAUGUCAGAUUCAAAGUAACGAUUCUGAUAUCAAAGUUGAGCUUUACAAAAACAAAUGAAUAUGGAUCUCCAAACGUCCAAGACGUAUCAAUUGAAGCGCUGGAUAUUCUGAUGUUUAUUAACUGUGUUGUGUGAUAUAUUUACCGAAAUCGGCAAACAUUAGUUUUGUAUAAGUUUGUUACAGUUAUUAAACUAAUGGCCUCCAUUAAACGCCUCCCAUGUAUUAAACGCCCCCACUUGGGCUCCUUAAUAUUAAAAAGACACCCUAUAGGCGUCUAUUAGAUCGUUUUCGGUAAAUCUAAAGGGAUGUUUUCGCUUGUUUAAUCUUGGCUUCCCGUGUUUAGUGCUUAGUUGAUGAGCGUAUAACCGAAUAUUUCAUUGUCACACCUGUUUGAAAUUUGUUUUGAGCGGAGCGGUUCAGUCAAUUUCUUUUUAGUUCUUUUAUUGACUCAAUAAAAUAACUCAAAAAAAAUAUUGACUGAAACGCUACUGCUCAAAUUAAAUUUCAAACAGAUGUGACAAUGUAAUCUCCGGUUAUACGCUUAUCAACCAUGCGCUACACACAGGGAGCCAAAUAUUUUCUUGGCAACGACAGCCCCACCCGUCAAUUAGGUCGUUUGUAAUUUAGCGUAGCUACAGACUUUCAUUCUUUAUUGACAACUGCUGUCUCAAGGCUUAAAAAGGGGCAUGGAAUUUUUAAUAAAAGUUCUUAAGCGGACAGGGUUGCAAUAUUGAGUAGUUGUCAUGAGAAGCUUAUUAACCCAAUGUCGAGUGCACGGCAUUGUACAGAAGUCACCAAACAUGAACUCGACAACAGGGAAUGGAUCGAUCGAGUCUUCGAGCUGCUUCAGUUUAACAGCGUCAAAGAUCGGACAGAUCAUUUCUUUGAGUCUGACCCUUGCCGUUUCGUUGGUCGGAAACUCUCUCAUUGUAAUAAUCGUAUGCAAAACGCCAACCUUAAGAAAGUCGAUAAAUUAUUUCAUCGCAAACAUGGCCAUGUCUGAUCUUCUGUUUCCAAUAUUCUGGCUACCUUGGCGCCUGUCAGAGUUGCACUAUAAUGACAACUCGUGGUCGAUCGGUGGUCAGUUUCGCCAGGCCCUGUGCAAGACUGUCCCUUUCUUUAGUUAUGUUUCCAUUACCGUUUCGGUUCAGAAUCUGAUUCUGAUAGCAGUCGAUCGAUUUGGAGCCGUGGUGUUUCCACUCCGUUCCCCACUCAUCAGGUCCAAGCUACGUCUUUUCUUCAUUCUUGCCACGUGGAUAGUUGCAGUGGCUUUCAGUUCAUCGUACUUGUUCGUCUUCGACCUCUUUAAAUACCAAGGGGAAACCGGGUGUAUUGAGAGAUGGAAAAAAGCAUUUGGAGAGUCGUCGUCCUUUACUGACUUUAUAGUAGCUUUCUUUAUAGUGUUUAUAUACCUCCCUGUGCUGUUGUUAGCCAUUCUUUACUCCAUCAUCCUUAUCAAGCUCAAGACACAAGUACACCCGGGUGAACAGUCCGCGAACACUCAGCAACAGCAGAACAAAAGAAACAGAAAGGUCCUUCAGCUGUCUAUUACUAUCGUAACAGUGUUUGUGCUUUGCUGGUUACCUUAUACAACUAACUAUUUUAUCAUUCAAGCCGGUUCCAUACAUUUUUCCUGUGGUUUUUGGCUAUACUUUGAUGUCACCUUAUGUAUGGCUUCCUCGUACUGUGCUAUUAACCCGCUUAUCUGCUUUAUUUUUAGUAGUAAUUACCGACAAGGUCUUAAAAGACUCAUAAAUAGUUCUACUGUCGUAGAGACGUAA